AUUUUUGUGUUGUGGGAUGCAUGUAUGUGGACUAUUAUCUAAAUUGCAAUAUUAGGUUUAUGAAUUUCCCAAUUAGUAAGUGUUAUUGAUUACUUGGUAUUAAUGAAAUAUACUCACAUUGUAUAUGGUGUAUUUUGUUAGUUUUGAUGUGAUGGAACCAACAGGAGAUUCUAAUAGUAGAUCACGGGACAUUGCUUCAUGGCCUAGUGUUGUUUCUCAUUACAUGUUGGAGUGUAUAUUGAAGCAGUACAAGAGUGGUAAGAGUGGAGAUAAUGGACUGAAAAAGGAGCAGUUCAUUGGAAUUGCCAACCAACUGAAAGAGAAAUUAUUUACUAGUUACGACUGUAAACAAGUGAGAAACCACUUCCGGAUUUGGAAGCAAAGGCUUAGAGCAUUGAGUGACCUACAGAAGCAAAGUGGAUUGGGUUGGAAUGCAUCUGAUAUGAGAUUUGAUGCUCCUCAACACUUCUGGAAUGAUUAUAGGAAAAAAGAACAAAAGUAUUGGAAGGAACAUAGUGUGCUCCCAAUUCACCUUGAAGUUGGAGCUUUGCUAAGGAAAGAGAUGGCAACUGGGAAUGAUUCAACAGUCCCCUCUGAAGCAGCCACUGAAGUUAUGAUGGACGUGACAGGUACUCAGGUUGAGGGAAUAGGGAACAAUGAUGGUGUUGACUAUGAACCUAUUGAAGAAGAAGAAAGUGUUCCUUCCACUCCCAUUGGUAGUACCAGCCGUUCUCGAGGAAGACCUCGUGGGUCCGUCAAUAGUGGUAGAGAAAAGAGGAAGAAGGGAACAGCUGAAAAGGUGAGCAAUUAUAGAUGCUGUUGA